GUUUGUUCCCUUUCUCUCAUACUUACAUAAAUAUAUAUAUUUAUUUAUAUUUAUAUAUAAGUAUUCUUCACUAUCCCUUUUUUUUCUGUCUUUUUCUGUCUUUUGAUUUCUUCUUUUUCUUCUUUUUCUUCUUCUCUUCUGCUUUUAUUUUCUCUUUAUUUCACUCAUACUUGUACUUACUCCAAGUCUUACACUUACGCUAUUAGUCCACUUUUCUUUGUAACUCACAAAGUCAUUCAACUUUCAACUCAAAAAUUACAACCCUUUGUCUUUUUCUUUUAUUAUUUAUAUCCAACUUUCCUUACUUCUGCUUCAUUUUCUAAUUAAUCUUAAUUAUACAUCAACUAUAUAUCUACCACUACUUACUUCAUAUCACUCAUCUCUCCCUUGGAUUUAUAUCAAUUUACUCUGAUCUACCGAAUAAUUAAUUAUACAAUCGAUUUAAAAAAAAAAGAUGUCCUUGGUCGCUGUGAAAAAUAUCAUCUCUUCUGUUAUAAGUCAGCAAAAGCUCAAAUCAAAUCCUGAUAACAAAUCCUUGAAUUACAACACCUAUGAUUCCUCCAACUAUGGCUCAACCUCCUCCUGUGAAGACUAUAACUACUUUGACAGAUCUCAAACAAUUGCCGACGAAGACAAUGACUCUAAUAGCCAAUCAUCCUCUACCUUUGAUCCAAGAGUAAUGAGCGAUAUAAUCAUCGGUCUAAGUGAUGGUUUAACUGUUCCCUUUGCUCUUACCGCCGGUUUGUCCUCUCUUGGUGACUCAAAACUAGUUAUAACCGGCGGUUUUGCUGAACUAGUCUCUGGUGCUAUUUCCAUGGGUCUCGGUGGUUAUUUGGCUGCAAAAUCAGAAUCACAAUACUAUCACAACGAAGUCUCAAAGGAAAAAUCCCUCUUCUUCAAAAACCCUGAAUCAAUUGAAUCAAAUGUUGUCGACAUACUCAAGGAUAUCGGAAUAUCAAACCAAAAUAUUCACUCCCUCUUUAUCCACGACCUAGAGCAAAAACCAAACAAAAUGAUCGACUUUAUUAUUCGCUAUGGUAAAGACCUAGAAGAACCCGCUGAAAAUAGACAGUUCACCUCCGCUCUAACUAUCGGUAUAAGCUAUUUUCUUGGGGGCUUCAUACCUCUUAUCCCUUAUUUUUUCGUUUCAACCGUCAACAUCGGUCUAAUAAUCAGCUGUAUUGUCAUGAUGAUCACCUUAUUCCUCUUUGGCUAUGUCAAAACUUGGGUUUCUCUUGGUAACGACACAAGCUUGGCCUAUAAAUCUUAUGAGGGUAUCCAAAUGGUUCUUGUGGGUGGUUUUGCUGCCGCUUGUGCUUGGGGUUUUGUCAGAUUGCUCGAAUGA